UGAGGUGCAGAAAAAUCUUAUGAAUGAAAUCCAGUCUACUGACGUCAAUGGGGACCUUGACGCAAGGAUCACGUGUGUGCGGAAGGAGGGGGUAGAAGACAGCCGCAGCCUCUGUCCGUAGUCCUGAAAAUAGACGAAGUAGGAUCUGACUCCUGUGAUAGUAGCACACGAAGAGUCCGAAACCCAGCGACAUACAACAAUAUCAGUAACAAUAAUUAACAGCACAUUACAACAACACGGCACGCGUCACGACGAGCACAGAGUGGAGGACUGCAGGACUUCAGCAGCUGUGUGACGUGACGAGGAGGGAAAGCAGGAAUUCCCCCGCCGCACACACUGAACUGCAAGAAUUUCUGAUCUCCUUCACCACUCACAGAAAGUCCUGUUCUGGCUAGCCAUGACUAGAUACCAUAAUCCCUCAAGUGCUUUAAUACAGCUGCUUCUUCUGACAGCAGCAUCCUUUCUCCAUCUGUCCACCUCCGAUCCUCUCAGCACCCUUGACAAGCCAUACCAACAUACGUCAGGGCUGACUGUGUCUGGAUAUAGGAAUAUAGGUGGUGAAGAAAGCCAGCCAAUGCAGAAACAAGAGGAAGCAGAGCGUGAAGAAGAGCUUUUUAAAAAUGUUGAUCCCAAAAAACUAGCAGCAGUUUUACUAGAGGCACUGAAUAAUUCAAAAGCAGAGCAAAUGAACGAAGGAGAGGGGCGUGAUGGAAUGGAAGAAGAGAUGACGACAGAGAAAGAGGAAUAUAAAAACGAAGAUUCAUACAGAAGAUUGAGAACGAUUGAGGGAGCAGACCGAGACAGAGACGGACGACAAGAGUUAGAGCUGCUAAUGGCGACACAGGGGAAGGAACAGGAAACGAGGGAAGAUGAAGAGAGGAAGAAAGCACAAAAAGAAGAGAAGCUGACCGAGAGGGUGACCAGUCGUACUACAAGCCACACAGUCGAAAUAGCAAGAGAGAAGCCUCCCACUGGCUCAGAUGGACUAGGCGACAAUGGACAGAGUACUGGUUCCCAGCAGGGAUCAACCAGCCCUGAUCAAGCCAGUAGUGAGGAGGAGGAACAGCUCAGCCCUGAGGAACUAAAAAGUCUUGAGAUGAUGAUGAAGGAAUUUCCUGCUUUGAACGUGCCCAUUAAGAGGGAAGGAGACUCCGAGCAAAGUCACAGAGAAAGCAGAGACUACAGCUACAAUGACAUCAUGCCCAUAAAUAAAGGCAGUGACCUUGCUAUUACUAAGAAAAAACUUAAAUGGCAAGAAGAGACGCAGAAAGCUCUCAGCAUCCCAAAGUUCAGAGGAGAUAAUUUUAUGGAUGAAUUUGAUGACAGUAAUCAUAACUCAGCAGACCUCCAGGCUCCAAGAGAACAGACGAUGGAAGAUGAUGAACCAGAUGAGGAGGAGGAAGAUGAGGAGGUGUUGAGUCCAGAGGAAGAGGAGGCUCAGGCCAAAGGUGAGCAGGAGGAGAUGAGGAGACAGGCAGCUGAGGCACAAAGAGCCAAGAUGGAGGAGGAGAUGCUAGCUGAUAUUGCCUCAGACAUGCUGCUGCGGUACAUGGUCAAACAGAAUAAUGGGAACAAGCACUACAGCUCUUCUCUCUCCAGCGCUGCAGAGGAUAAAAGGUCAGACGAAGAACAGGAAGUCACAGAGGAAGACGAUAUUGAUCCUCAGACCAUUGACAAGCUUAUAGAGAUCUCCAGCAAGCUCCACCUCCCUGCUGAUGACGUGGUGGACAUCAUCAGUGACGUGGAGAAGAAGAAGAAGAAAGACUUGUCGCCUGACGUGAUAUCAGGUUGGCGACGACCUUUAUCACCAAUAUCUUCACCAUUUUCAUCGGAAUCACAGAUUUCAAGCAAUCAAAAUGACAUUCCCGCCUCUAACCAACCAUUUCCAGCAGUUAAUUUCCUCAAAACCUGGUUCCAGAAGAAAAAACCAACACGAUCAGAGGAUCUCUGGAACAAACCUGCAAAACCUCAGCUUGGCAAUCAAAAUAUCUGGGCCAAACCUCCUGUGCCGAUCAAACAGGACCUCUGGCUCACGUCACCUAAAUCUGCUUGGACUAGAUAUCCUCACUAUCCUGUUUUCCCCCACACUUAUCCUUCCUACUACCAGAAGAAGCCCUACAAAGACUACCCCAUCUAUGUUCCUCCUGCGCCCAGACUUAAGCCCUAUUACUUAGUCCUUAAGCCCGCUCUCACUCUCAACAACUUCCUCACUCAUUCAGUGGAUGAUGUGUAUGCUUUUUCUCCCAAAAGGCGAUACAACAGCUGGGUCCAACCUAAGCUGAGAAAACCCCCUACAGGCCCACAGCAGAAGACUUACUACACCAGAUACCCUCUCUCUUUGUACCCUUGGACAUUUCAGCCAGUGUCCAGCCCCAAACUACAUCCACUUCCCAGAAUCCAUUCUCAGCAGAAGCAGCUUUAUUACUCAGCCCCAGCGCCUGCAGAUUAUUAUGUGGCUGGAAAGCAGCCAGACAGUAACUAUGAUGAUCUGGAGAAAUACAUACAGCAGAUAUCCAUGAAGAAGCCGCACAUGAUGGACUGAGUACAGACAUGAGAAGAAGGAAGAGAAGAAGAAGAGCCACAAGCAGAAAAGAGUGUAUUUAUUUAUGUUAAAGUAUUUAGGUGGUUUUUCGUAUGUAAUAAGUUUCCUGUAAUCAUUUUGAUUGGUUAUGACUGAGACAAGGACACUACAGAAGACUUUUUCUCAGAGGUAGUCUGCAUAAAAUGGAUGAAAGAUGUACAUCUGCACUCGUUUCCUUUGCUAUCCUUUAACUUUUCAUGACAACAUUCUCUAUGUAGACAUUUUAAAAUGCCGACAAAGGAGGAUGUUUAACUAUGCUGUUACCUGCACCGAAGGCCUCUUUCAGAAUCAGUCAGUCACAUGAAUCUGAAAACGUUUAUUAAAUGAUAGAUCCACUGUCAGAAAUGAUAGUUUUGGCAUUACAAUUUGAAAAUUAUCAAAUUAAAACAAUUUCCUCAAAAUUAUGCCUGGCCUAAAGAUUGUGGAUACCAAAAGUCCCCCUCAGUGGAAGGAGUUAGCCCCUAAAGGCAGAGUGUCCAUACAUUCUUGUCACUAGCACCGCUUAGAAAUUAAAUUAUUUUCAUCCAUAGUCUAGGAGUGAACUAAUUCAAAAGCCACUCCCUAUAAUUAUCUUUUAAAUGACCACAUGUUUAUGUAAAUGUAUCAUUUUUUAUUGUUCCUAUAAAAGGAUAAAAUUUUUAAUGCAAAGCACGUUUCUGUGAAUGUAUACUGACACAUAUCCACCAAAGCUCUUUAUAAUAAAACAUAAUGCAUCAAAAAGCCACACUACCACCAAUAUAAUAGCUUGGAUGACUCAUUCUUUUGCAUAACUUCAAUAACCUUGUUGCUACGGUGAUAACAAAUUCAGCCAAACCCUGGCUAAACAGUCUUUUACACGUCCUGCUAUUGGAGGAGGAUGUAAUGGUGGAGGCAUACUGAUCUUUUCAUGAAGAUAUUUAAAAGCAAAAGACUAAUUCUAUAUUUUCAGUCAUUCUCAACAAAUUCCUUAGAAGCAGCAGUUCUGCAUUUAAUACACUACUUUUCUAAGCAAGCUGGCCUUUGUAGUUUUUUAGUAAAUGUUACAAGUUUCUAUU